UGUGACGGGGGCUAAAAUUUAGCCCCCUCCUCCCAAACACCCCGUGCCAAACACAUUGAAGUCAUGGGUUCAACUUGGGGAUCAAACCGGUUCACUAUUUUUGCCUCAAUGACAGGUGGGACCGAGACCACCAGUUGUGACCAACCCCAUGGCUCCGCGCCUCCGCCUUCGCAAAUGCCCGCGCAGUCGCCGCGCCGUCACCUCCGCUGACGCUGCGCAUGCGCCGCCACCGUCACCACGUCACCCUUGCCGCGGCAAAGUCCCACGCCGCCCUCCUCAAGUCCGGCAUCUCCUCCCCCACGCCCUGGAACCAGCUCCUCACCGCGUACUCCGCCUCCGGCUCCGGCCUCGCCUCCGCGCGCCGGGUUUUCGACGAGAUCCCCCUCCCCGACGCGAUCUCCUGGAACUCCCUCCUCGCUGCGCACGUCGCUGCCGGCGCGCACCCGGAAGCAUGGCGCCUCCUCCGGGCCAUGCACGCGCGGGGCCUCACCGCCAGCACCUUCUCCCUCGGCUCCGCGCUCCGCUCCGCCGCCGCGGCGCGCCGCCCCGCUCUCGGCGCUCAGCUGCAAUCAUUCGCCGUCAAGUUCGGCCUUGCCGACGACGUCAUCCCCGCUAGCGCGUUGCUCGAUGUCUACGCGAAAUGCGGCCGGUUGAGCGAUGCUCGCCGCGUGUUCGGUGGAAUGCCCAAGCGGAAUACCAUCUCUUGGAACGCGCUCAUUGCUGGGUACUCGGAGUCUGGGAAUCUGGCACAGGCGAUGGCGCUGUUUCUUGAGAUGGAAAGGGAGGGGUUGGCCCCAGAUGAAGUGACAUUUGCCGCGUUGCUCAAUUGAGGGUCCAAGCUGCUAUUUCUUGAUGCAAGAACUGCACGGGAAGAUUGUAAAGUAUGAAGAAGCCUUGAGUUUGGUUGUGUCGAAUGCAGCAAUCACUGCGUACUCGCAGUGUGGGACCCUUGCAGACUCUAGAAGGAUCUUU